UUUUAAAAUUGCAAUUUUUUCAGCAAAAAUUAUGCACAAACUAAAUUGUCACUUUUGAACUGCUACUUACUGAACGCUGUCACAUAGUCGAUUUAACCGGGAUUACACUGUAGAAUACAAAUCACUUAAAUAGUAAUUUUACUAUUUCACUGAGCUCAUUUUCUUAAUAGGUUAUUUUGCAUCGAAAAGCAGAGGAAACAAGUAUCUUUGUAAUAAUUCAUUCUUUCGUAGAAAUUAGUAUACGAUCUUUUUAGAUGCAGUUCUAUUGCCCUUCUAAUAAAACAUGUGCCACUGGCACGAGAAUAAAUCAAGAUAAAUAGCGGGAAGAUUGCACCGAGGAAUUGGAAAUAUACAUUGGCUUUCGAUAUGGUAAUAUUACACGAUGAAGAAUACUAUCAAAGUCGAAUACCACAACCUGACUUAGGACCUCUUAGAAACUUUUUGCGAUUCGUUUGGGAUAAUGAACGAAAAGCGUUUCUUGACAGAACAGCGAAAGAAUGGGGCCAACUGGGAAUGUUUUACUUGUGCUUCUUUUUCAUCUUGGGAUCCAUAUUUGCGAUACAAAUGAAAAUCAGCAUAGACUAUGUUUCUAAACUGGACAGACCAUUUUUCCAAUACUCUGGCUUUUCUUCAAAUUCAUUCCUCGGAGUGAAAGUACGCCAUUACCGUUCUACAUUCGGUAGCCCAGGAAUAGUUUUUAAACCAAACAGCGUGUCAGCUACGUCACCCAUCAUUUCGCUGAAUAAUUCGACUAAUGAUACCGGCCCGGAAAGGUACAUCCGUGCUCUGUCCGAUUUUUUGCAAGAGUAUCGUAACAACAUGUCCAAUUACGAUUUCGACUGCCUUAAUGAACCUUCGAACACCGAUCGCAAGGAAAAACCUUGCUUCUUCGAUGUAGCGUCUCUUGGGAAAUGUAGCAAGCCUCCGUACGGUUAUGCAAAAUACCCCUUGCAGCCUUGUGUUCUCGUUAAAUUCAACAAGCCUCACAUUUGGUUGUCGUGCGACGGAGCGAAUAACGUUGAUAAAGAGCACAUCGGAGAAAUAGAAUACAUUCCACUUCCUGCAUUUCCAGUUCAAUAUUUUCCCUUUACCGGACAACCAGGUUACCUGUCCCCUAUUGUCGCAUUGAAAUUCAAGAAUUUAACGCCGAAUAGAUUAGUAACAGUGGAAUGUUAUUUAUGGGCGUGCAAUAUCAAGCAACGUUCCCGUUAUUCGCUAGAUUUCCAAAUAAUAAUAGGUAAAAACGAAAGAAAAAAAUAUCCACCAACGACAAGAUGUGUAUUUAACGAUAAGUAAAUUUUUCCACAGAGAGUCAUAACUCGUCGUACAAUUACUAAUUGCAAGAGGAAGUAGACAAAAAUUGUUCUGUUAAAAAAAAAAAGAAAAAGGUAUAUUCAGUAAUUCAAUUCAGUAGGAAGAUAAAAGUGAACAAAAGAGUAAAAAAAGUACGUGCAAAAAAGGAUUCCAUUUUUGCUAUU